AUGGUUGAAACACGAUCCCAAUCCAGUAACUCGGAGACGGAGGAGGUUGGAUCUUCGCGGAUUGAUCUAGUGUUACAGCGUACACAGACGUUGGAGGAAGCAAUCGCAAAGCAGAAUGCGAUGAUCAUGGAACAGAAUAAUACGAUCGCGCGUAACAACGCGGAAAUGUUCGAGGCUAUGCGAUUGAUCGCUCGUCCGCCUACAGCACCAAGUUCAUCGACACCAGCGGCAGCUUCCGAUGCGGCUCCGCCGACACGUCCUGGCAUGCCGAUUAAUUACGCCGGCGUGACGAGGUUAGCGAAGUUGGAUUUUCCUCGGUUUAAUGGUGACAAAUUGACGGAAUGGUUGUUUAAGGCGGAGCAGUUUUUUGAAAUUGAUCAUACACCAGAUGAGAUUAAGGUUGCCAUUGUUUCAAUUCAUUUGGAUGAGCUCGCGGCUACCUGGCAUCAAUCCAUGUUCCAGUCGGAAUUCAACAAUCUUAAUCUCAAGGAUUGGCGAGUUUAUAAGAAGUUGUUGAAGGAGAGGUUUAAUGAUGUUUUGGAUGACCCGAUUUUGGAGUUGAAGAAGCUCUGUGAAACUGAUGGCAUCAUUGACUCUCACAACAAAUUUGAGAACAUCAGAACGCGAGUAAAUUUCUCGGAGGAAUAUUUGGUGCGUCACUAUUUGGCAGGGUUGAGUUUGGAGACGCAGAUGCAUGUCAGGAUGUUUGAUCCUCAAACUGUGCGUCAAUGCUUGAUGUUGGGAAGGCUGUAUGAGAAAGCUCAUCCCGUCACUGGUUCCGUUCCAUCAGGGAACAAUGCACGUCCUUCUCCAGCUCCUAAGACCACUUCGGGAUUCAAGAAGGAUUUUGGUACUUUUCAGCCUAAGACGAAGCCUGUUGAGAAACGUGGUAUGAAACCUCAGCUUUUCCUCACUCCUGAGCAGAUGGCAGAUAAGAGAGCUAAAGGCGAAUGUUACUAUUGUCCGGAGAAGUACUCCAGGGAGCAUUUUCUCACUCACAAGGAUACACAGUUGUUCUGUAUGGUUUCCGAUGAUCGUUUGGAGGAUGAAGAGUUGCAGUCAGACACAGAUGAAGAUGAGGCUGUGGGAGAAAUUGCUCAAAUCUCACUGAAUGCUUUGACAGGGGUCACAGAUUAUCACACCAUGAGGGUCAAGGGAGUUCACAACAAACGCUCUUUGUUUAUGUUGGUGGAUUCUGGUUCAACUCACAACUUUUUGGAUGUAUCAAUGGCUAGGAAACUGGGGUGUAAGCUGUUACCAUCUGGUAAUUCACGAGUUUUGGUAGCUGAUGGGAAUCGACUGAAGGUUGAUGCACGUGUAGCUCAGUUUCAAUGGGAUUUUCAGGGGACGAGUUUUACGGAUGACUUCAUGAUAAUUCCGUUGAACGGUUGUGACGUGGUGUUGGGAGUUCAGUGGCUUAAGAAAUUUGGACCCAUCACUUGGGAUUUUCAGCGUUUGUCUAUGAAGUUUUUUUGGUGUAACAGGAAAGUGGUGCUCAAUGGUAUUCAUCCGGGGUCAGUGCGAUCUAUUAAGGCCGAGAAGUUGAAUAAGUUACAGGAUGAAUCAAUCCAACUGUCUAUGCUGUGUGUGUCUGCUGAGGAUGAACCGUGUGAAACUACACUUUUUUCGUUGGAAGCAGAGACUUCAGUUGAAACGAUACACCCGGAAAUCUUAUCAUUGUUGGACCGGUUUAAGCAUAUUUUUGCGGAACCAGUGGAGCUUCCACCUUUUCGUGAAAACCACAACCACAAAAUACAGCUCAUUGAAGGAGCCAAUCCGGUGAAUCAACGUCCCUAUCAUUAUGCGGUUCACCAGAAGAAUGAGAUUGAUAAGAUUGUCUAG